UCUAAAUAUAGAAAUCAUAUGGAGUAAAAUGCACUAUAUCAAGAUGAAUCAUUUACCAAAACUAUUGUAAAGAAAUAAAUCAACAAUUAUUUUCCAAAUGUUUCGAUAGAGUGUCAGGGAUACCUAAUUACAACUCGCGGAUCAUUCAGCAAGUGAAAUAAAACAAAUACAGACAUUUCCGACAAAAUGGCUGAAUUUCGUCUUCCAACCAAAGAUGCCGGUGACCAUGACACCAAGCUGUUCCAGAAACCUAUACCGAAGGCUGGCGUUCCGGUGGUAUUCCCGCAGCCCCCUGACGAUUGGCAGUUUAAUCAGUUCAUUAAUCAAAUUGCAGACGAUAUUGGCAAUCAUGAUCUUGAGAAAAUGAAAUACCAGUGUUCAGGUGCUGGUGGAAUUCAGUCCCAUGUCCUAGAAGAAAUUAAGACUGUACGAAGUUUGUUCAGGCUUCUGAAGAACCGAGAAUUUCUCAACAGGGAAAACAUGGUGUAUCUGCAAAUAUUACUGAAGGUUGCAGGACGAAUGGAUCUCGUCGAAAAAGUCAUUGACUUUGCUAAGUCAAUGGGAGACACCUUGUAUUACUAUCCAGCGACCAGAGAGCCAGAAAACGGUUACAAGUACGUAAAGAUGCACGUCGAAGGUAUCGAUUUCAGCAACAGCGAUAAUAUGUACAUACAGGAUCUAAAACAGCGCCUUUCAAUGGCCCUAUUCGUACCCAUGCAGUUCAUAUUGCUUGCCGGCAUCGAACCCUCCUCCAGUCUUCUCAUCACAUUCAUGGUUCCCGAGGAGUACAUUGAGCUUAUGGUGAAGCGACUGACGAAUGGAGACAGAUUCCCUGAGUUACAUUCGCAUCAUAUUGACGUUAUAAAAAAUGGCGAUAAGGCAUUCGAUAUAACAGGCAAGGUUGAAGCCCAGGUUGUUGUAUCGGAGCAGAAUGAGAAGUUAACAAGUGUAUACCAACAGCUGGACACAGCCAGACAGAAUCUUGGAAGAUCCGAACUUGAGGUAGUCAGGCUUUCCGAAGAAAUUGAACGCAUCCAAACCGAAGAUAAACGCAUCCGAGACGAAAUGGAAAACAUGCGAAAACAAGUAGAAGCAAACGAUCUUCAGACGGAACAGCUUGUUAAUACCUUUCAGCAAAUAUUACAGAAACAGGAGAGAGAAAAUGCCAGUGGAAUUAAUUACCAGGAAUUAAACAACCGCGUACAUGAAUUUAAAGAUUCCCUGUUAGCAGUAAAUGAGACGAAUAACAGUAAACAAACUCUGAAGAAUAUUGUAAACAAGAAUACAGAACUGAUCACCUCUUGGAUGGGCGUAAGUUUUAUUGAAAGAGAACGUGGUCUUCAUUUGGCUUUGCGACAGCACUUUCUAGCUGCGAAAGCGAUGGAAGCGCAGCUGCUGACAUACCAGUUUCUAGCCUCGAUUGAAUUAGACAAGAUAGAACAAGAGCUCUUAGCAACAGUUCAGAAUCUGCAAUCGAAAUUUAAAGUUGAAGUUGUUGCAGAACAAAGAGUACAGUUAAAUGAAACGGCGUUGGCAAUACUUCGUAGAAUAAGUCCCCGUCUUAGAUUCAAGGAAAAAAAUAAACUUAUGAAGAAAUAUAUAUGGGACGAAGUCGACAAGAUAAAAGAAAAGAUGGACUUGGAACCUUCUUUUUUCUUGGCUGGACUCUUUUACAAAGAGAUGCGGACAAAACAAAUAGUGCCUCCAUAUGAAGAGUUUAUAUCUGGACUGCUAGCGGAAGUUGGCAGAGAUGACCUGCGGACCAAAUUCAUUGACUUAUGGAGGGGAAGUCAUCAACAAAGGGCGCACUCAGCGGAUGAACCCGUCAAUAUGACAAGCACUGACAAUGAGAAAAUGUGGUCACUCAUGUCAAAAAUGGCAAAUGAAGUGAGCGCAAUGCACCAUCGCAUGAUGUCCGUCGUUGGCAGUUUCCCUACAGGCAUUGAUAGUCCGCUUUUUGAUUCCAAGUAUUUUCAAAACAGGGACGCCAGUGGUGUAGGCACGAGUCCAAACAACUCAUUUGCAGAAAGCAACGCACACGCAUAAUCAGAUUGAUACUGAUUUCAUUACCGACAUGUUUUAAGUAAACAAUUACAUAAUAAGUAAUUGGUUUUUAUAAAAUACAAAAAAAAUACUUUUGGUAUUCCAUGUUAGUACGAUAUUUUCAGAUAAUUAUUACAUUCCAAAGUGACUUUUUUUUCAUAGGUAUAUAAUUAAACAAUUUUGUAUAAAACUAUCUUGCAUCGAUAUCUACCAUUUUAAAGAAAACAUAAAAUGGUAAAUUUACUUUGGUAACGAUGUGUCCAAAUACUGAAGAGACUUAAAAUACGUUAUGAAAAAGUUGUGUUCGUUGAAUAGUUUGGUCGAGGGCUACACACAUAUUUCAAUAUGUACUUCAUUUCUAUCGAUUUUGUUUUGCAAUAUGCAAUAUAUAAUUAUUCUCUGAUGACAUAUUCUAUUCACAGUACUAAUUCCUUAUGACAGUAUGAUAAUCGAUAGAGCACAGACUGAUCUGCAUCAUAAACAAUUUUAAACUAUGGAUUACAUGGUGUAUUUCAGUUUAUUUUAACAAGAAUUUUUGAUAUUGCAAUAAAUUGCAGAAACAUCCGCGAUACAUUGUUUAUAAUAUCGUUUAAUAUAAAACACAUAUUCUAAAAAUACUUCGCAUUCAAACAAUUACCUCCACAAUUUAUGAACGGUCAAUUUGUUUCAUGUUGUUUCAUCGUAGUUUUUUCGAAAUUGAUGUCUGCCUCAUAAAGAAUAUCUCGAUGAUUUACUGACUGCCAUGUUUAAUUAAUAUUUGUUUUGAAGCUAAAUUAACGUAUAGUAAUGGUUUUUGAAUACAAUUAAUUAUAUGCGAUGAAUUUAUGAUUGGUUAACCUAUAAUUGUGUUACUGUUUUGUAUCUUUGCAAUGAAAUGCGGUCUUUUGGGCUGUAUAGGUCCAUUAUAACACAAUUAUAAUAUAUUUAACAGUUAUUUUAUUGCUGUCACUGUGGCUGUUGAUCAGUUGGACUUAAGUAACAAAAUGAAAUGAUGUGCAUUUGUCUUGCUUAACAUGCAAGCGGAUUUAAUUAUAUUUAAAGCAUAAAAUGAUUUAGAGUAUCCCUGUUAUCAAUCAGUUAAAUAAUGUGUUUAGCUCGCCUGAGCACGAAGUGCUCAAGGUGAGAUAUUGUGAUUACCCUAUUUUCGACCUCUGUCUUCGUCCAUGCAAGCGUAUUUAAUUAUAUUUAAAGCAUAAAAUGAUUUAGAGUAUCCCUGUUAUCAAUCAGUUAAAUAAUGUGUUUAGCUCGCCUGAGCACGAAGUGCUCAAGGUGAGAUAUUGUGAUUACCCUAUUUUCGACCUCUGUCUUCGUCCAGUGGGCGGUAUGUGUGUAUGACGUGUUGUCAACUUUAAGAUUGUUACCACUCUAGAGGCCACUCUUUUCAUCCAAUCUUGACGAAUUUUGGUAAAAUAUAGACAAUAUUUUAGCAGAUUUAGAAUUGGGGACUGAUGCGUUUAGAAACUCAGUCACGAGACCAAAUGUUAAAAAAACCUUGUUACCACUCGAGAGGCAACAUUUAUGACUCAAUCUUGAUGCAACGCAGUCUGAAUGUUCAUUGAGAAAAUAUGGUUAAAAAACCUUGUUGUCACUUUAGAGGCUACAUAUAUGACUCAUUCUGAAUCCGUGUUGGUUAAAUAAUUAUCUAAACUCAACCUAGGCCGAGUUCAACUCUGGGUCUUGUGCAAACACUCGAUCACAUGGUUCAGUCGUAAACAAUUGUUGUCCAUCAAGAUGACCGCUUUAAGGUCACCGUGGCCUUCUUGGUCAUAUAGAUGUCCAAUGUAAAUGUGUUUGUUCUUGAAUUUAUAUAAAUAAAACAUAAUUACCGAACUAUGUUGUUGUUUCACUACAAACGCGAAUAGUGUGUGCCCACACUUGUGUGCCUGCGUGCUUUUUGCAAUAUUUUUUCUGUUAAUGACAAUAAACAAGCAAGUUUGUUUAGUGGUAUUUCACAUUUAUUAAGAUGUUAAGCUUUGUUUUAGAUUAAUUUAUUUCGAUACACUACCGUUUCGUAAAUAAAGAACACAACAGUUUCAACGACUCUCGAAACAAACGUAAAUACGUUGAUGGUGUUGUCGCUUUUUAUUCUACAAUUUAUUAACAAUGUAUGUAUAUGAUUAUCUAUUUGUAUAUCAACUUUUGCAGAUGUGGAAGAUGCAAUACAAAAUUAUAGCACAGAGACAAAAUAAGAAACUAAAGAUUUGAUCAUGCAAUAAAUCAAUAAGACUAGUAAACGAUAUUGGAAUUAUUUUUACGUGUUGUGUAGCUUGUUUAUAUUUUGAGUUUGAUACGGUCACGGAGUGUAUAUUGACAGGAGAUGAAUCGAGUAUUUGACCCUUACUGUAGUAAAUUCAAUCUUAUGCAAAAGCUAUUCAUCCGAUUUUAUUGGUUUAUACGUUAUCUUGUUGCUUAUUAAUUCCUCUUUCAAAAAAUAUAACUUUUAGUAUAUUCCCGUUGUUAUUAAUGGAUUUAUAGCGAGUUAAACACAAGAAAUACACAUUUUAUGUUUUACCACCGCGCGUUUUAACGUGUUGUGGCUAUCGAUCUUUUACGAUUAGCGUACAGCGAAGCGCCGAGGUUAUACAUUUUGAUGUACCCACUCACGUCUUUUGUUAAAUUAUAGUUUCAUUUCUCGGCCGAUUUUGACAAAUUAUAUAUCAUUAGAAAGCUUACGUUACGUAGUAAACAGAUAUAUCAA